AUGGAGACUCCAAGCUCUCUGGACCGUAUCCUCCGCAACACAACUAUCAUCACCUUCUUGCUUGCUCUGGCUCUUCUAAUCCCUUAUAGCCUUGUUUCAUACUAUUGCGUUCUUGCAAUCGGUCUUGUGCCUGCGUUCUUCUCUGCUGUGCUCAGCCUGGUCUCCUUGAACGCAAGCUUCCGACAGCGUUGGAUGUUUGUGUACAUCGAUGCGUUCCUUGCUGUCUUCCUCUUUAGCAUCUUGGUGCCAUUUUGGGUACUUACGGCCCACGAAGGGUGGUCGACCCCCAGCGGAGUCGUAAUGUUGGGGACUUAUGGAAGUGUGCCCUUGAUGAUGGACUUCUGCAUCCACGGUUUCUUCGUCCUUCGUUAUGUUUUCGGGAUAUGCAGAACGUUUUCGUUUACACGCACUUGUCGUAACUGUCAUACACACAUUGGUGCAAGGAUUGUUCCUAGCAUCACUCGGGUCUCGGCUGAAAAAUCUCGUCAUUCUCGCGAAAGCGAGGCGCUGUAUCAACCACUUGACGGUCCCAAAUAUGAUGACGAGGAAAGAGUAUCUUCAGAGGCCGAUACGCUAUACAGACCGAGUCUGGAUACUCUGAGCUCUACGGAGACGGUUGUGAAGCUGAUCUGA